UGAGUGGCGAGCUCCCACAAAUCAAUCCUUCGCGUUUAAAGAAUCCACUGCCCACGCAGCACCCCAACCCGCCUUCCUUCAUCCUUCCGACCACGACUACAACAUGAAGGAAUCAUUUACCCCCAAGACGGAGGAUCCGAGCCUAGAAUCGUUGGCGACGGUAGAUAUCGCUAUCGUCCCCAUCGAGGCCGAAAUUCGACAAGAUGGAGGCUUGGUGGCAUGGCUUCAGGUCUUCGCUUGCUGGCUGCUCUUCAUGAACACCUGGGGACUGACAAACUCUUUCGCCAUCUUCGAGACGUACUACACCCACGAGUUCCCGGACCUCAGUCACUCCUCCAUCGCCUGGAUCGGCUCCCUCCAGCUCUUUCUCACGCUCUUCAUCGGCGUCUUCGCUGGCCGCUUCCUCGAUAGCGGCCAUGUGCGCGCUGUCGUGGUUACUGGAAUCACUUUCGAGGUGGUUGGGAUGCUGAUGACGAGUUUCUGUGAGCGAUACUGGCAAUUGGUAUUGGCCCAGGGAAUCUGCGUCGGAAUUGGGUGUGGUAUGCUGGCGUUUACGAGUGCCGCGAUCAUCCCGUACUACUUUGUGAAGAGAAGGAUGUUGGCUGCAGGCAUUGUGAGUACGGGAAGCAGUAUUGCCGGUGUCGUAUACCCGCUCAUGAUGCGUGAGCUAUUCGCCAAAGUGGGCUUCGGCUGGGCAGUGCGUUCACUGGCUCUCAUCAUGCUUGUUGCACUGUGCACAAGCCUCGUGGUGCUGAAACCCCACACUCAAAAGAAACAGUCUGGACCAUUGUUCAAGUUCGAAAUGCUUCGCGAUUCGUCUUACACGCUUUUCAUUCUCGGAUACACUUUCAUGGUGGCCGGAACCUACGUACCGUACUUUUUCAUCCAGAGCUAUGCGCUAGAGCUCGGUAUUGACGAGAACAUGACUUUCAAUGUUGUCAGCAUCAUGAAUGCUGCGACCUUCUUUGGGCGCUUUCCGUACAACUACCUCGCCGACUUAUACGGCGGUAUUGCGGUUCUCGUCCCGUGCUGCUUUGCCACUUCCAUCAUCCUCUUCCUCUGGCGUUUCGUACACACACUCUCUGGGCUCAUCGUCAUCGGCGCCACUUUCUGCUUCGUCACCGGAGGCCUCGUAUCGCUGCCCGCCGUCACUAUCGCAAGUCUCACCCAUGAUAAGUCCGAGUAUGGAACGCGAAUGGGAAUGGGUUACACAGUCGCGGCUAUCGGUGCGCUCGUCGGAAACCCGAUUGCUGGUGCGGCUAGGACGGGCGGGAACCAGCUCGUUGCGAACGCUCAAAGUGGAAUGAACGCUGUCAUGGAGAGAUGGCAGGGUGCUUGGUUUGUUGCGGGAGCCGCUUUGCUGAUUGCCAGUCUUCUGAUGGCAGGCGCGCGGUUUGCAAGAGCUGGAUUCGACAUGCGAACCAAGUUGUAGGUCGCAGAAGGCCAUUCACAAGACCUAGACUGCGGUUCAAGACCUGGGGGGAGAUAAAAUCUGGCUAUGUCUUUUAGCGAGCUGGGCGACGACCUCACUGCUUUUUCUAUGGGGAGUCUUCGGUGUGAGACACGCCAUUUAGCGCGCAGACUAGAGCAUGGGUGCGCAUUUUCCAUCAU